AUGGUGAAUCAAAUAACUCCAACGAGCAAUCUCACUAAUACUGUCCAACAAUUAAGCAUUGCUUUACAAGCUAUUCAGCCCUCCGAUAAUCAGACUACCCGGCUAAUCGCUUACACCUUAGUAGCCACGGCCGUAGUGGGAAUAUUUGGCGCUCUCAACUCUUUUUAUGAUGAGAAAUUAAAAGACACUAUUGAAAAUAAGAGUGCCGAAUACAAAAAACUCUUAAAAGAGAAUUUUGCUUACGGUCAGAAUACUCAAAAAGCCCUAACUACGAUUGCCCUAACUCUGUAUGUGAUUGCCGGAGCCUUUUUUGUAAUCUUAGCCCUCUUAGCCAUGUUUUUUGGUUAUAAUCUCAAACUUAGUGACCGCACGGCUAAACUAGAAAAGAAAAAUGGCCAUGAAUUAGAUCGCAUUGCUCAGUUAGAAACUAAGAACGGUCAAGGGCAAAAGCAAAUCGAUGAAUUAAAAAAGGAAUUAGCCCACUUAAAAAAUCAUGGCAACUUGCCUCCUUUGUCAGAAAAGAAAACCAUUACCUAA